GGGUUCCAAAUCGGCCGUUACUGCAUGAUUUGUCGAGUAUCGAGAGUUGAUUAGGCCAAGUCGCGAAAACAAAACGGCGCGCUUCAGAUAUUUUUGCCUUCCCUUGGUCUAAAAACAAAAUGGAGGCCGUUUUUACAUUUUAGCCACAUUAUUACCUCACCAAAGACGUAGAUUUUUCGAUUUUGUGACGUUGGUAAAACUUGGAUUUUAAAUCUUUUCUGGCCGAACUUAAUUUCGCUUCACUUGUGUCAGUUUUGGAAAAAAGAGCGGAAAAUAGUUAUCAGUUUACAGGUUUUGGUGUUAGAGCGUCGAUGGCAAUUACUGAGUUAGGAAAGCCGGCAAAUCGUUGUUGGGCAGUAUAAGUGCGUUUAUGGAAUGUUUCUGCUCUGAUUUUCGUAGUAUUCCCGAGAAUAGGAUAGACAAAUAUAUAUGAUAUUAAUUUAUCUAAUCCAGCCAUACCAAAUUCAUCAGAACGUCACAUCGCCUGAUUCAGUAGAUAUUACCUAAGCGUUUGAAUUCACUGCCAGCCAGCUGCCUUGUACACCCGAUCGCGGGUAUCGCCCGUGGAAAGACGUAUCACUUAUUUAGAUUUCCCGCUUUAUAUUACGCGACUUGUGCGAGAAUACCGGCAAAGGAGAGUUGAUAGACUGAUUGGCAGCCCGUUUUACAAACGCUUCAAGGAGUACAGGCAAUUAUAUCUGACGUGCAAAGGUAACUCAUGCUAUGUGUUGCUACAGCUAUAUAUUGAUAUUAUCCAAUGUUCCAAGCAAUAAUUUCUCAAUAUGGAAAGUAGGAGAGAUUCACACAACUCAUCUGAGCAAGGACAAAAGGAAGCUUUUUUAAAUGAGCUUAGUCAAUUUCUUUCGGACAAAGGGAGAUAUGUUUGUCGAACUCCAAAUCUUGCUGGCCGAACGAUAGAUCUUCAUGAUUUAUACAACAAAAUUACUCAAGCUGGUGGAUAUCAGAAGGUGACUGAUAGAGGGUUUUGGGAAGAUUUUUUGGAAUACUAUGGGUUUCCUGGAAUAUCAGCGACUCUUGCCUUUGGAUUGCAGAAGAUUUAUCAAUUAUAUUUGGAAGAUUAUGAACGGGUUCAUUUCUUUGGUGACGAUGAGCCACAACCUUACUCUCGACUUUAUGACGGAAAAUUGAGAAGAUUCAGAUAUCCAAUAUCUGAGUCUCAAAGAUUUCAGUACAAUCUCAACACUGAUAAACCAUCAGUGAGUGACUACGAUAGAGUUGUGUUAUCCCUUGAGUCAUGCUUACCAAAUGAGAUUGAUUUUGCAGUCAAUGCAUGUACACUUCUGUCUGGGGAAUCUAGACAUGUGUUGAAGCUUCCACAAUGCAGAAGAAUUGUGGAUGCUUUACUGUUGCAUGCUGGGAUAGUUUCUGAUGGUCAUGACUCUUAUUGCGGAGUUUUAAAUGAAUUACAACGAAAGACAAAACAUAAUUAUCGGAGAUUCUGGAAUAAUUCAGUUGCAAAAAAAUCAGUAUUACCUGUGCUUCUGCCUGAACAAAACCCAAACACAUUGCCUAAAAAGGAAAACAUGAAUUCGGAGAAUGUUGAAAAAAGAAAUGAAUUACUUGAUAAAACCGUUAAUCAAGGUGAAGAAGGCUUCAUGGACGCUUUGCAGAAACGUUUAUUGGAUAUAAAGACGAAAAAUACAAGUACAAGGAAUAAUAAUUCAGAAAUUGAAAUUGAGACGAAAUCCACAUCAAAAUGGGCAGAACUGUUCCAUGGUUAUCGAUCUCUAGGAGUAGAAGAUUAUGAAGGACAACGUGUUUUGCAGAUUGCACUGGUGCUUCUUAACCUGUCAUUUGAAGACUUCAAUGUAUCGUUACUUGCCCGACAUCCAUCUCUCAUUAGAUUCGUAUUUUUAUGUAUUCAUUCCGAAUAUUCGUGUUUACGACAAACAGGGCUAGAUAUACUCAGUAAUAUAUCUUCUCGAAUUGAACUUCUUCAUUUACAUUUCAACAUGACAGCUAUGAUCUUCGAUGCUAUAGAUUCAGCAGUAUUAUCUGAUGAUAAAUUCGAAAGAAUAAGAGGUUUUGAAAUUCUUGCAAAUAUUUGUCGACCACGUCCCAAUGUUGAUUACGUCUGUGUGUCUGUCAGUGAAGAAGUUUACAAUGCAGCUGUACAAAAUUUGAUGAUAAAUGAUGUUGAACUAUUACUUGCGGCAAUUGAAGCUUUAUAUCGUUUAUCAAAACUAGGAGAAUCACCGUGCACGAAGAUUAUUUUUAUUAAAGGUUGCAUAGAUAUUCUGAUAUGUCUUGUUACACUGAAUGUUCGAACGUUUGGACCAGAAAAACUUUCUGAAAUUCGACUCGCUCGCAGAAUAACACCCGGUCAGCAACAGGCUCAGCAACCGCCACCACCUACAUACCAAGCACCGGUUCAACAUCAUUCCCAUAUGCAGAGACAAAUGCAGUUACAGCAAAAACUAGGUUCUGUUCAUCAAGCGCAACCAUUCUUCGCCACAGCUGCUCCGACUAAUCCCGUCACAAGUCCUAUUCCAUCAACAGCGCAGUCAAGGCCCCCAUUACCCCCACCAAAACCUGUCAUUCCACAAUCAAAACCCCAACCCAAAGUUGACCCAACACCGCCAUCUAUCCCACCUACACUAAUCUCAAAUCCAGUACAAUCACCCCCUGUGCAACAAACCCUUGUUCAACAGCCCCCGCCUGUGAUCAAAACCCCGCCACCAGCCCCACAAGUGGUUGUUCCAAAAUCAUCACCACCUGGGGUUGGUCCCACGUAUACACACUCUGAAGCUGGCACUGUUCCCCCAGUGUUUCACUACAUGCCUGCUCCACCUACAGAAAUAACACAGGAUAACUCACCGGAAUCUUUUACAAAGUUAUGGAUCUGGGCAACAUAUGAGUUUGAAUCCGAAAGUUACAUUCCUCGUGUUGAUGUUUAUUGUGAAUAUCUCGCUUCAUCGAAUAGAUACGGAAGACAAGGAAAGACUGAAGUUCUGUCAGCAACCGAUUUUGGAAAAUGCCUGAAGGAGAUUUUUCCGCAAGCAUCUUCAAGGUUAUUCAACCAAGGAAGGGGUCAACCACAAUAUCAUAUAGCUGGAAUAAAGAAACGUGCAACACCAUUGCCUGUUCCCGGGUAUCAAUUGAAAGAUCCUACGUCUGUUUUUUCAUCCGAAUAUGAGAAAAUACCAACAACAAAGGCACAACCACCGAUCAUAGUAUCAGCGAACAACCAAACUAUUGCAUCAUCACCGUCUCAAGCUGCCAAGCCUCCUUCAAUGCCAAUACCUGGAAUAACUACUGCAGUACCUAUUCAACAGUUACAGUUCCAACCUAUAUUUAUUAUGUCAACAAUACCUGGAAGCAAUGGUGUGACGCUUUUACCUGGUCAAACGCUUGGCUUAUCUGGCCAAACUGUGGCAGCAACUGGUCAAGUUGUGACACCAGUGAUUCAGGCUGUGGCACUUACUGGCCAGGUUAUGGCAUCUGGUGGUCAAGUUCUGGUCCAAGGUGCCCAAAAUAUAUCAGUAGUAGGCCAAAAUGUUGUUACAACUGAGCAAACGCUGACACCAACUGAUCAGAUUGUGGCACCGUCCGGUCAAAAUGUGGCACCUAGUGACCAAGGCGCAGUGUCCAAUGGUCAAAAUAACAAUUUGAAUGAUGGUCAUAAUGUGACCGAUGCAAAUUCAAAUUCUGUCAAUGACGGUGUGUUAUCUACCCAUUCUGCGGAAUCCAUGAGUCAAAAUGAUGCCACGUCUGUUAGUGAGACACUGGCAGGAACUGUACAAUCUGUGGCAUCCACGGAAUUAAAUGUGACUUCUGAAACUCCAGUGCCAUGUCAGAAUGAGCCUCCUGCACCAACUAUAAACAAAACCCAACCUAUAAAAACAGAAAUUGUGCCACCAACAUCUCAACUUGAUGGCAUGACACCAAUGCCACAAAAACCUUCCAAUAUUACCACAACUGAUUCUUCAAAUACACAAAGUUCACAGGUCUCUGACUGUUCCCAAACAAACUCGAAACUUUUACCGAAUGAAACUGAAUACGGUAAAGAUACCAUUUUGAAUGAAAAUUCUACAUCAGACUUGACCAAAAGGGUCUCCCCUAUUCCUAAUACUAAUUCAGUAAAUAAUCAUGAUAGUUCAAAAUUGGGUGGAUGUCAUCAAGAUGCUCAUCUGAACAAUGAUAAAGAAGAAAAAUCAUCGAAUAAUGGUCCAGCGUCUUCUCUUCCUGUGUUGAAUGGCUUUCCUGAGCCAAUGGAUACCAGUGGGACACAUGAAAAUGUGGUCACAUCUCAAGAGAUGAAUACAAAUGAGACAUCUAUGGAGGUAGACAAUGCAAACGAGAACAUUUCAAAGCAACUCAAAUCACAGAAAAAAUCAAAAGAAUUGUCAUCAGAGACUGUACAUAUGGUUAAUGGAUAUGAUGAGAAUUCUCAACUCAUGAACGGUGAAACACCGAUUCUGAACGGUAGUUCAAUAAAACAAGAAAAUGACAAACUCUUUGAAAAAUGUGGAAAUAGCUUAAACUGUGAUACUAACAACACUAAACCUGCUACAAAUGAGGGUUCAAAAGUGAACACUGAGGAAUCAAUAUUAGGGAACACUGUUGUCAACUCAACAAAUGCAAUCUCAGUUUCAGCGAGUUUGUCACAUCCUGACAAUACUAUAACAGAAUCCAGUACGCCAAAGCAUUUUAUGAGUGAACAAAAUUGUACUUCAAUAAACACUGAGGCUGUGGCUAGUAUCUUUAAGAUGGAUUCAGCGCCACGGCCAACCGGUGACAUUUCUGUGACACCGUCUAUUAUGCCUUCCGUUUCCACAACCCCAUCAACAGAAACUCUUACUUUGGGGUCAAAUGCCAUGACCCCGUCGACCCCCACAAACCCAAUACCUCACAGUACUCUCAAUCAACGAUUAAAAGACACAAUAACUCGUAGAAAAAAUUCACAAACGACAACUUCUCCAGCGAUUCAAUCAGCCCCGGUAAACUCCCACACGACUCCAGCUCCAUCAGUCGUAAAGCAGUAUUCAUACAAAGGCAUUCAAUCAAAUCGUGAAUCUGUGUCGAACCUUGCUCAACACAUCAUUCCAAUCACACCUGAACAAUUACAUCAACAAUAUCAGCAACACAGAAUACCGACUGCUUCUAGUACUGUUGCUGCAAUAUAUCAAGGGACGUCUCAAUCACAAGUCGGAAUCAAACGUCCGCAUCCUCAAGCAACAGUGAGUCUGGGUGCUGGACCACCAGCGAAGAUUCUGUGUUCCAACACACAACCCCCUCCUGUGUAUGUUCCUACCCCCCAACAGACCCACCUACCCCAACAACAAAGACAAUUUCAUUCUUCCCAAGUUGGUACACCCAGGCCCCUAGGGGCUGUUUAUCGGCCUCCUGUGCCCCAGCAACAACACACUGGGGUGAGGCCAAAUACCCCGGUGCCGAAUUCUCAACAACCCCAGGGAGCGCAACAAAAGCCUAAACCACCUACGAUUGAUUUAAUGGCACCGAAUGCAUCAUUACUUGUUUUAUAUCGAAAUGUCGGCAAGAUUCCUUUUGCUAAUCAUUUGGAUGAAAAAGAAGACGCUAUCAGCAAAAGUGUGCGAUUAACUGCUACUCUUAUAUUAACAAAUAUUGCAAGAUAUUCUGAUCUCGGAAGAGCUUUAAUACAGAAACAUGAAGAUCACUUGGCAAAUGUUGCAAUGAGUCAAAUGGACUGUUCCCCAAUCGUAGCAAGACUUCUCAGUGAAAUUGACCUUUGAUCUUGGUAACCGCUGCAUGGAUUCCAAACACCGUUGCCAUGGAGCAAAAAGAAGAGGGAAUCAAGGAUAUUAGGCCCAAACUUCUCAAGUGUUAUUGCUUGUUAAAGUCUGAUUUUAGUGAAAUCAGUAUAAGAUAGAAGUAACUGUAUUGUCAAAAUAUGAUAAGGACAAAAUAGAGGGCACUGCUCAAGAUCAAGUCUAACAAACCCUUCUUCAUCUAUUUUUUACCUAUUUAUAAUUGGCUGCUAAAAGCAGAGAAUCGUAUUGUCAUAUUACUAAGUUGAUACUUCCCUGACUCAAAUUUUUGUUGCGAAGUUUAUUCCAACUCUCCGCUGAAGCAUUGUCACAUUGAUGCUACUGCUGUAACUUACGAAACUUUAGUAUGUAGUAUCAGAGUACUCGUAUUAUGUUUAAUCUUUUUCACUGCCUUAGACUUUUUACACAAAAUUCUGAUUCGCUGUAGUCAUUUACUCGGGGGUUUUCCAAAAUUGAUUUCAGAACAUGUUCAUUCGUAAUACAUUUUUUUGCUUGUGGAGCUUGAGAACUGAUGGUUAUACAGCUGAAUUACGCAAUACUUUGUUUAGAUGUUAUUAAUUCACUUGGGAAAAUAUCCAUUCAAUCGGUGGUUGAGUCAAACUCACACACCCAUGUUUCAGAAAAAUAAGUGAGAUUUCUCAAAAAUGGUUGUCAACAGUAUAAUAUAGUGUUCCUGAGUAAUAAUUUUCAUUUAAUUCCCAACUUUUUUUCAUUUUAACAUAAGAGCCCUCAUUUGCCCUAUAUUAUAUAUUAAUCUGAAUGGGAGCACUCUGGUUUUACGCAGUGAUUAGGUUUGUAUCUCAAAUGACAUGCUGGAUGAUUACGUCAGAAGCAUUAGUUUUAAAUUAUCCAGAAAUCCAACUUAUUCUAUUACGAAACAAAUUAUUGUCUCAGAAAUGUGGAAAUAAUGAUACCUUUCCAAGAUGGAUUCAUUAUCUUUUCCGAGGGUACAGUAGAGUUUAUAUUUCCAAUUUGUGUCAUUUGCUGAAGAGGUUUUGUAAAGCAACUCAUUUGGCGUUUACUAUUUAUAUCUCGCUCAAUGUUCAAUUUUUUUGACAAACAUUUUUAUUGUUUGUGAAGACACCAAUGCCGGAGGUGUAGAUAUUUUCUGUUAAAACAUUUACUUUUUCAAGUUUAGUAUGAAAUUUUUCUAUUUGUUACGUUUUCUUUUCUAUGGUACUUUGAUUGGAGGUCGUGUUUGCGGUGUACGCUUGCUUAUUAGUACCACCCCUUGUAUGAACACACAUUUUUGAAUAAGAAGUAAUAUUAAUAAUAACAAUUUCAGUAGUCUUUG